UUUCGAGGUCAUAGCCAUCGACUUCAAAACACGCAUAGAAACCUUUGGUUAAAAUGCACUUUGAUGACACUUAUCAGUGUUGGCAACACUGCCUCUCCUGGCCAAUAAUAGACUGCACUAACAGCAUUCUCCACCUGGUAACAGGCGAACCAAGGCUAUAAACUCCAGCAAAACAAAGGAAAUAAGGUUGAAUUUUUCAUCCGGUCAUCAACGACAACCAAUCACAAUAGAUGGAAGGCGGAGUUGGAUCGAUCUACGUAGACCGAUAGUUUCAUUGGGAAUGACCUCCUGUAAUUACCGUGAGUAAGAUGAAAUUUGGCUCGAUAACGUUGACGGUGGUCGCCUCUGCUAUAUGUGUUCUGGGACUAUAUCAACUGUUGUCAGCUGUCACAUGGCUUCGUUACAUGGACAGCGGUUACUUACAUGAACAAUCCCACUUUACACAGCAUUUCACGGCGAGAAAAGGAGACAUAAAGUCAAAAAUCCAUAUACAAGAUAUGCGGUCAAUUACAUGCAAGAACACGACAUUGAAGAAACUGGAUCCGUUCCAUCCCUCCGCUCUGCCAUAUAUUCCCCAUUUCCCGCCGCUCAAAUGUAGAAGACAGGCAUCGGUGGCUGAAAGUAAAGUUGACGGAGACGGAUACUUGACGCUUAUCAUCAAAAACUAUUCAAAGGUAACCGAUAACAUACACUGUUAUUAUCAAUACAUACGUCACCCGACAAAACCUUACAAAGAGGAUGAGGCAUUUGUUUUAAGUAAAAGGAUUGAUUUAUCUCCAGCAAAUAGAGUAAAACUUCAGGAGGAUUUUGUGUAUGUUUUCUGCAUUAACGAAACUGGAUACAAAGUUUAUGAGAAUUUCCAUCUCCACAUGGUAAAAAAAGAAGAGGAGCUUAUUUCCAAAAAAUACUCUGAAAUAACAGGAAAUCAACCAAGGUUGAAUGUGUUAAUUGUGAUCAACGACGGAGUGUCGAUGUCUGGUGCCGUUCGUUAUCUUCCAAAAACAAUAGAAUACUUAAAAAAAGAAAUGAACGGUACCAUAUUUCCAGGAUGCCAUGCAGUUGGUGAGAAUUCUCUACCGAAUUUGUUCCCGCUUCUGACGGGAUUGCCCCAUACUGAGGCCAGUAUUGAUGCCCCGUUUGUAUGGAAACACUUCUCGGAGAAAGGCUAUAAAACGUUUUACUUGGAGGACAAAGUAUGGGCCACCUUCACGUAUGUAGAUCCUGAGGCUACCCGGCCGCCAGCAGACUACUACACACAUCCAUUCUGGGUGGCAAUGGAAAAUUCGUCCUUGUAUUGGGACUCACAGACUUUCUGCCUGGGCAAUGAUCCUAUACAUCGAAUUGCACUUCAGUAUCUGGGAUAUUACGUUGAAAAUUACCAACGUCAGUCGUAUUUUGGUCUUUAUUUUUUAAAUGAAUUAAGCCACGAUUAUGGAAGCGCUAUCCAGUUAGCAGACGCUGAUUACAGAGACUUCCUGAAAGAGCACAAUGAAAGAGGACAUUUUAACAAUACGAUAAUGUUAUUUAUGAGCGACCACGGUUCACGGUUUUUCGGGCUCCGUUCAACCCCUAUUGGUCACCUAGAAGCCAGCAACCCUCUGCUAACAAUGGUUCUGCCACCAUGGCUCAAGCAGCAGUACCCGCACAUAGCAGAAGCUGUAAACUCGAACGCAGAGCGAUUGGUUACUCCGUACGAUAUCCACGCUACCCACGAUUAUGGAAGUGCUAUCCAGUUAGCAGACGCUGAUUACAGAGACUUCCUGAAAGAGCACAAUGAAAGAGGACAUUUUAACAAUACGAUAAUGUUAUUUAUGAGCGACCACGGUUCACGGUUUUUCGGGCUCCGUUCCACCCCUAUUGGUCACCUAGAAGCCAGCAACCCUCUGCUAACAAUGGUUCUGCCACCAUGGCUCAAGCAGCAGUACCCGCACAUAGCAGAAGCUGUAAACUCGAACGCAGAGCGAUUGGUUACUCCGUACGAUAUCCACGCUACGUUAGUCGAUAUCCUUCACUCUGAUUUGCCAAUUACCAAAAAGAGUACCAAUGGCAAGAAACGUAGAGAAAGACUUGCGAAAGGAAUAAGUUUGUUCCAAAAUCUUCCCAGCAGGACGUGUGCCUCAGCAGGUAUACCAGAAGACACCUGCACUUUAUGUACACCACUGGAACCAACUUUUCUGGAUAUUAAUUCACAGAAAGCACGCUUCAUUGCAAACGCCGUAUUGACCAAAAUAAAUUACGUUCUCGUCAAUGCGACAUCAGAGUGUGACGUUUUACUGAUUUCAGAUAUUACUUAUAUAGCCGUAACCUCUUACGACAGGCUUUCUGUUACUUAUAUUGUAAUUGUUAAGACGGUACCAGGGAGCGGGAUAUUUGAGGCGUCUGUACUUGAGACGAGGGCCAUGGCUUCUGACUCCACAGAGAGCCAAUAUACUGUUAUCACACCAGUUAUACGUAUCAGUCUCUAUGACAACAACUGUUGCUGUGCAGAGGACAGUCGCAUAGACAAAUACUGUCAUUGCAAGGUGACACGUAGGCAAAGCCGCAGUAAGGUCUUCCCGUUAUAUUAUUAACAAAAUUCAGGGGUACUUACAUUUAUACUUCACACUAUA